GUCUAAAGGUCGGAACUUUGACAAACGCAGCGGUCUGUGCACACACCCCAAUCCGCUCGCGUACCUAAAGAUCUUUCGCACUUGGGUUCGGCUCUUUAUAUUGUUUCUAGUUUCGGCCGCCUCCAGCGUUUAUAAAAAUAAAAUCUUUUGUUUUUCCCUUCUCUCUCUCUUUCUCUCUCUGUGGACUCGAUCAGACUUGAGGGAUUUUGUUGAAUUUGAGAGACUGUGAAAGUACAAAACAGAAGUAUGGCAAAUGCAGCUGCUGUCGUGGAGAGGGCUACCAGUGAUAUGCUGAUUGGCCCAGACUGGGCUAUAAACAUAGAGCUUUGCGAUAUAAUAAAUAUGGAUCCAGGGCAGGCAAAGGAUGCCCUGAAGUUACUCAAGAAAAGAUUGGGGAAUAAGAGCUCUAAAAUUCAGAUCCUUGCACUAUUCGUGUUGGAGACUCUUAGCAAAAAUUGUGGGGAGCAUGUGUUUCAGUUGAUCGUCGAACGGGACAUUCUGCAUGAUAUGGUCAAAAUCGUAAAGAAGAAGCCUGAUUUGAACGUGAGGGAGAAGAUUCUAGAGCUGAUCGAUACUUGGCAAGAGGCUUUAGGUGGACCCACAGGAAGGUUUCCGCAAUAUUAUGCUGCUUAUAAUGAAUUGAAGUCGGCUGGUGUAGAGUUCCCCAUCAGAGAGGAAAGCAGCGUGCCUUUGUUCACUCCUCCCCAAACUCAUCCGAUCAUUCACCCAACUUCUCCAUAUGAGGAAGCUGCCGUUCAAGCUUCACUAGAAUCCGAUGCUUCUGGACUCAGCUUACCUGAGAUGCAAAAUGCUGAUGGACUUGCUGAUGUUCUUUUAGAAAUGCUAACUGCUUUGGGUCCAAACAAUCCUCAGGGUUUGAAGGACGAGAUAAUUGUUGACUUGGUUGACCAGUGCCGUUCGUACCAGAAGCGUGUCACUGUGCUUGUGAAUAACACUGCAGACGAGGAUCUUCUCUGUAAGGGACUAACAUUGAAUGAUAAUCUGCAACGUGUUCUUCGUAAGCAUGAUGAUAUUGCAAGCGGAAUGCCAGCUGAUUCUGAAGUCAGUAGAUCAACUACAGUGACACCCCUGAUGAACCUGAAUCACGAGGACAACGAAACAGAGGAUGAUUUUUCCCAAUUAGCACGCAGAUCAUCAAGGGAUACGCAAGCUAAACCAGCGACAGUUCUUCCUCCUCCGCCAUCCUCAAAGAAGCCAACCACUGAUGCCGGAAAAAUUGACUACCUGAGUGGCGAUCUUUACGGGACAGAGCAAACCACUAGAACAUCAGGAUUCACGAGUGCCACCGUCCCGGCUGAUUCCAGCAGCCGAGACACUGUUGCUCCGCCAAAUUUAACGCAUCCUUCCUCACCUCCUGAUGAUUUCGUCAACCCAACAGCAUCGAUGUUUGCUCCAAAAUCAACCACCGAUGCACCUGUUCCUCCGGCGAGCAAAUCUGCAGAUUAUUUACCUCCGACUACAUGGGAUGCUCCAGCCCCGGGUAAUCUUCCGCCUCCACCUUCAAGGCACAACCAGCGGCAACAAUAUUUUGAGCAUAACAAUACUUUUGGCGGCGGCCCCUCAAAUUCAAGCAGUGAAUCGGGUUCUUCCUACGACAGUUUGGUCGGUCAGACACAGAAUCUCUCUAUCAAAUCGCCUGCCCCUUCUAAGCAAGAAAAACCAGAAGAUGCUCUUUUCAGAGACUUGGUUGAUUUUGCCAAAGCCAAAUCUUCGUCGCCUAAAUCCAACAGGUCAUUUUAAGGUUAUAUUGAGUUCAAAUUUCUCUUGUGCUGAUAUUUAAGCACGAUGCAUUACUCGAUUUCCCUUUUGUUUUUACCUAUCAUUCAGACAUUAUGUGACGAUAUUCAUGGACCUCCGGCUAUUAUGGUAUUGUAUAUCUGCGUGACAUUGUAAUGAGAAACUGCUGCGAGACGAGUUUGCGUAUAUACGACACUUUACCCGUGCUUGUUAGAUUACUA